CACGGUCAGCUCUCUUGGAGCUUACUUAACCCCGCUCAAACCCGCAUCACUUGCCAACCUAAUUCACUCUGCCUAAUUCACUCUGCCUCGCUGCUCGACUGCAAGGGUAGCGUUCCUUCGUAGGCUCACCAACAGCCAUCUGAUUGCUCUCUGUGCGAAACCUGGCUGUCGCCGAGCCCAGCUGUCAUCACGAACCUUGCUGUACCCCGCCGACCCCGCCAAAACCAUGGCUUCUGAAGCUCCAAAGGCCCCUGUCGUGGCCGAGGCCCAUGAGGUCGACACUUUCCACCCUCCUGCGAAGAUGCUUGAAAAGCAUCCCAGCAAGCCUCACUUGAGUGGCCUGGAGGAGUACCAGCAGCUGUACAAGGAGUCCAUCACGGAGCCCGACAAGUUCUGGGCGAGGCAGGCUCGCGAGCUUCUUACCUGGGAGAGGGACUUCCAGACCGUCCGCAGUGGGAGUCUGGACAAUGGCGACACUGCCUGGUUCCUCGAGGGCCGGCUUAACGCUUCCUACAACUGCGUCGAUCGCCAUGCCUUCAAGAACCCCGACAAGGUCGCCAUCAUCUACGAGGCCGAUGAGCCCGAUGAUGGCCGCACCGUGACCUACGGCGAGCUCCUCCGCGAGGUCUCCAAGGUAGCCUAUGUCUUGAAGAACAUGGGCGUCCGUAAGGGUGAUACCGUUGCUAUCUAUCUGCCCAUGAUUCCGGAAGCUCUUAUUGCCUUCCUUGCUUGCUCCCGAAUCGGAGCCGUCCACUCGGUCGUCUUUGCCGGCUUCUCUUCCGACUCGCUCCGCGACCGUGUCAUCGAUGCCAAUUCCAAGGUCGUAAUCACAACAGACGAGGGCAAGCGCGGUGGCAAGUUGAUCGGGACCAAGAAGAUCGUCGAUGACGCCCUGAAGCAGUGCCCCGACGUCAAGAACGUCCUGGUGUUCAAGCGUACCGGCGCCGACGUCCCCAUGACCAAGGGACGCGAUUUCUGGUGGCACGAGGAGGUCGAGGUGUGGCCCUCUUACAUCGCCCCCGAGCCCGUCAACUCCGAAGACCCCCUCUUCCUUCUCUACACCUCGGGCUCCACCGGCAAGCCCAAGGGCGUCAUGCACACCACUGGCGGCUAUCUGAUCGGUGCUGCUCUGAGCGGCAAGUACGUCUUCGAUAUCCAUGGCAAUGAUCGGUUCUUCUGCGGCGGAGACGUUGGCUGGAUUACCGGGCAUACGUACGUCGUCUAUGCGCCGCUACUCCUCGGCGUCUCGACCGUUGUCUUUGAGGGCACGCCAGCGUACCCCAACUUCUCGAGAUACUGGGACAUCAUCGCGAAGCACGAUAUUACCCACUUCUACGUUGCGCCCACCGCGCUGCGGUUGCUCAAGCGUGCCGGCGAUCAGUACGUGAAGAACAACAUGGGGAAAUUGAGAGUCCUUGGUACUGUCGGUGAACCCAUCGCUGCCGAGGUCUGGAAGUGGUACUUCGAGAUCGUCGGCAAGGAGGAGGCGCAGAUUAUCGAUACCUACUGGCAAACGGAGACCGGAUCUCACGUCAUCACACCGCUUGCUACGGUGACCCCGACGAAGCCUGGUAGCGCGUCGCUUCCCUUCUUCGGCAUCGAGCCCGCGAUCAUCGACCCCGUCACGGGAGAGGAACUCCACGGCAACGACGUCGAGGGCGUUCUCGCAUUCAAGCAGCCCUGGCCUAGCAUGUGCCGGACUGUUUGGGGCGCUCAUAAGCGAUAUAUGGAGACAUACCUCAACGUCUACAAGGGCUAUUACUUCACUGGCGACGGUGCCGGGCGCGAUCACGAGGGUUUCUACUGGAUUCGCGGCCGUGUUGACGACGUCGUCAACGUGAGCGGCCACCGCCUGUCGACGGCCGAGAUCGAGGCGGCCCUGAUCGAGCACUCGGCGGUCGCCGAGUCGGCCGUCGUCGGCGUCGCGGACGAGCUCUCGGGCCAGGCGGUCAACGCGUUCGUGUCAAUCAAGGACGGGAACGAGCCCACCGAGGCGCUCCGCAAGGAGUUUAUCGUCCAGGUCCGCAAGAGCAUCGGCCCGUUCGCGGCGCCCAAGGCCGUCUACAUCGUGCCGGACCUGCCCAAGACGCGCAGCGGCAAGAUCAUGCGGCGCAUCCUCCGGAAGAUCUUGGCUGGCGAGGAGGACCAGCUGGGCGACAUCACGACCCUCUCGGACCCCUCGGUCGUCGAAAAGAUUAUUGCGGUUGUUCACGAGGCCAGGAAGAAGUAAGGGGCCCGGCGCGCUUUUAGGGGAUUAUAUACCAUGGUCAUUGUUUGCGAGACACGAGGUUCAGGCUGAGGGUCUAUGGUGUUUUGCCCAAAUUUACGACCCUGGCGAGGGGAGCUCGUCUGACAUGAUCACGAUUGACUGGCUAAGAGUUUGACGUUCAAUACCUACCUAUUAUGCUCUCUCAAGUAACGCAGUGGAUUGCAGGCCGUAUUUGUCCGCCCGGAGGUAGGACUGGAGUCCUGAGACAAUUGU